AAUUCGGAGCACCCAUAGACAUCUUUCCAGACUGGAUUUCUCCUAAGAUUCACGGACACCAUGCCAGUACCCAUCAAGAAGUCUGCCAAGAAGGCAGAAAAAGUGCAGAAGCCAACUGAGCCUGAAGCCGCGCUCGAGUCAGCCCCCACGGAAGCUGCUCCCGUCGCGCUUGAAGUCCCUCCUGAGCACACUGCUGCUGCUCCCACUGAAAGUUCAACUGAGGUAGCUGCACCUGCUGAAAUUGCUCCUGUAGAGGAACCUCCUAAAGCCCCAGCACCCCCUCCUCCAGCAGUGCCCACAAGACCUCCUCAGAACCUUGUUGUUGAUGAUGUCACCAGAACAUCUCUUACCAUCCAAUGGCAGCCUCCAGAGAUCAUUGGAGAAUCUGGACUGGAUGGAUACACUGUGGAAUAUUGCAAGGAAGGAGUUUCAGAAUUUGUACCUGCGAACACAGAGCUGACCACAUCCAACCGCUUUGUUAUUAAGGGCCUGACAGCAGGAGACCUACUGAAUGUUCGUGUUGUAUCUGUGAAUGCUGGGGGCCGCAGUGACCCUGUGAGCCUCCCCAAUCCAGUUGCUAUCCGUGAACUUGUGGACCGUCCAAGGAUCCGUUUGCCUUGCUUUCUCAGAGCACGAUAUAUCAAGCAAGUUGGAGACCAGAUCAACCUGGUCAUCCCUUUCAUUGGAAAAUUCAAGCCUGUGAUAACAUGGACCAAGGAUGGCAAGCCUUUGGAUGUAAAGAAGGUAAAUAUUCGUAACAGUGACAAAGACAGCAUCCUGUUCAUUCGCAAAGCUGAAAGAGGUGACACCGGCACAUACCAGAUGACUGUCAAGGUUGAUAGCUUGGAGGACAAGGCAAACAUUGUAAUUCAGAUUGUGGAGCUCCCAGGUCCUCCUACCAGUCUCAAACUGAUUGACACCUGGGGUUUUAAUGCUGCUUUAGAAUGGACCCCACCUAAAAACAAUGGCAAUACUGACAUAACAGGCUACACUGUUCAAAAGGCUGACAAAAAAACUGGAGAGUGGUUCACUGUACUGGAACACUUCCACAGGCUAAAUGCUACAGUCUCUGACCUGAUCAUGGGAAAUUCUUAUAGCUUUAGAGUCUUCUCAGAGAACAUGGUUGGAAGGAGCGAGAGUGCUGCUAUAACAAAACAAGUCGCUACUAUUCAGAAAACAGGUAUUGUCUACAAACCACCAGAAUACAAGGAGCAUGAUUUCAGUGAGGCCCCUAAAUUCACAGCACCCCUCAGUGACAGGGCAGCCACUGUUGGUUACACUACUAGACUUCUGUGUGCAGUCCGUGGCUCCCCUAAGCCUAAGAUUGAGUGGAUGAAAAACCAGAUGCUGAUCGGGGAUGACCCAAAGUUCAGGCAGAACAGCAACUUGGGAGUUUGCUCACUGGAGAUUCGCAAACCUUGCAGCUUUGAUGGUGGUGUCUACACUUGCAGAGCCAAGAAUGCACAUGGAGAAGCUACAGUCGCCUGCAAACUGGAGGUUAAACAAGUGAUUGUUCCAGAAGAUAAAGCGAAGAAAUAGGCUCACUUACAACUGACUGACACAAGAUGUUUGCAAGUGGGCUGAAGUGUGAUUUUAUGAAGAAGCUUGAUCCUUAACCAUCUUCCCUUCAGGAGGCCUUUGUGAAUCAGUAAAAUAUGUAAAACAAACAUGUAUUUACUUCAAAAACACUUAUUACAAAAUUUAAAGUGGCUAAGAACUAGGACAUAUCUCCUAAUUCUUUUGCAUUGGUCUGUCUGACCAUAUUCUUCACUGUAAUUCUGAGUUUGUGCUCAAUAAAUAAAUGAAUUAAUAAGAUUUUUCAUUACAAUGAUAAAUGCAAAUGAACUGAUUGUAAUCAAAAUAUAUAAAUUUUGAGUCUUUCUGUUAGAGAAAUUGCCUUUUCAAAUGCACAUAAACAUUGAAGUAUACACUC